GCCCAAAAUUUUGGGCAAUAAUCAUAAAAAUGCAUAUACACGCAUUCGUACAUAUGGGCAGAUAGUACUGUGAUAAGAAUUCUUGGCGGAUAUUUGAUGAAAAAUCACAAUACAAGCAUAAGCCGCCUGGUAGCUGAUUAGAUUUUUAGGAAUAUGGACGUAUAUAAGCCAUGCCACCAGGCCAGAUCCGAAUCAGACCAUAGUGAAAGUGAAAACAAAAUGAAAUACUUCAAAGUAAUCCUGACCAUAAGUCUGAGUAUUUGCUGCCUGAUGGUAGAGCUGGAGGGCCACGGCAUGAUGUUGGAUCCCGUGGGCAGAUCUUCGCGCUGGCGCUCCGACUCUUCGGCACCCAAAAACUACGAUGAUAAUGCAUUGUAUUGCGGUGGCUUGUGGAAACAAACCGAAAACGGAGGACGCUGUGGACUGUGCGGCGAUGAUUGGAGUCUGGCACAGCCGCGACCCAACGAACUGGGUGGCAAAUAUGGCAGUGGAGUCAUUGUGAGGACCUUUGCUGGCAAAUCCGAGGCUGAGAUUAACGUAAAGAUCACGGCAAAUCACUUGGGUUACUUCACGUUCCACAUCUGUAACCUCGAUGAGUAUGGCUCCGAGUCGGAGGAGUGCUUCAACAAGAUUCCUCUCCAGUUUUCCGAUGGCAGUCUCAAGUACAACAUCAGCAGCAGAACGGGCGACAUUCCGGUGACUCUUCAACUACCCACGGAUCUCAACUGCGUGCACUGUGUCCUGCGCUGGACCUACACCGCGGGCAACAACUGGGGCGUGUGUGAGAAUGGCACGGGAGCCAUGGGCUGUGGCGAUCAGGAAAACUUCAAGAAUUGCGCUGACAUUAGCGUCCUAUCUUCGGCUAGAAAUCUGUUCCAUGAAGUUCCAGUGGAAGUGGUUGAGGAUGCUUGAACUAGUAGUCCACAGUACUUCUUCCUUAGUGUGCCAAAGCAAACCAAAAUUAGUUAAUCUCACUCAAAAUAUAUAUACUAAUAAAUUAUUACAACUUUUUACCCUAAGAA